AUGGAGCUCGGUAACAGAACGAAAGCAGAAGCAGUCAGUUCCGCCGUCGAAGACGCCGAUCAUGAUGGCUACACUCGAGAUGAGAGAGAUCUCAUUCGUCUGGGUAAGAAGCCGCAAUUGAAGCGAACCUUCGGGUUCAUGCAAAUCUUGGGGUUUUCCUGUACCGUCCUGGUGACUUGGGAAGGUAUCCUGUCGGUUUCUACCCCAAGUCUCCUGAACGGUGGUCCUGCUGGUGUCUUCUGGGGCUAUCUCCUCAUCUGGAUCGGUUCAAUCUCCAUCUACACCGUCCUGUCUGAGUUGUCUUCGAUGGCACCUACCGCAGGUGGACAAUACCAGUAA